AUAAUCCUCAGUGAUCUUACUAACGCAUAGUUUGUCAUUUAGAUGUUAGCUGGUUGGUCUAAGCUCAUGAAAUGCGACAUAAAUGUGUCCUCUGUCUCUUUCUAUGACAGAUGCCAUGCUGUUGGUGGCAGAGAGACUGGAAGGACCAUUCAACAUAGAGGCCGUCAUGGAGCCCAUAGAUGUCAAGAUCUCCGAGGCCAUCAUGACCAUGCAGGAUAACACCAUGCAGGUUUCAGCAAAGGUUUUCCAGGGAUGUGGGCAUCCCAAGCCUGCUGGAAUGGGGCGGUCGGCCCGCGGCAUCACAGACACUUUCAACGCCCGCUUCAGACCCUACAGCCCAGAGGAGCGGCCCACCACCGCCGCUGGCACCAGCCUUGACCCGCUUGGCAGUGUCUUUGGGAUCCAUGACUGUGAUUCCUCUGUGUUAAAGGCGGUGUCUUUGGGAUCCAUGACUGUGAUUCCCUAA